CUUUGUUUCUUUGUUGUUGUUGUUUUAAUCACAUGCAGCAAUAAUUUAGCUUGAAAUUUGCAUAUCAAUGCUUAAAUGUUUACCAACUGGAUCAAUAGUACCUGAUAUUUACAGAACAUCAGUGAUUUACAUUCUUUGGUUGAUCGCUUCAUAUUUACGAUUUUUCCAUCUUUGGGAGAACAUCAAUGCUGUUUAUGUCAUAGCUAUCUUGUUCAGAUAGGCCACAAACGAUUUUUUUAUCAGCCCAUUGAUCUCUGGAAUUGAAACUACAUGUCGAGGAAUUAGAACAUCUAAAAUGCAUAAAACCUGACCAAGUUGAACUAGCAUUAGGACGCUGCCAACGCUUCUACUUGCAAUUGGACUCGCACGGCGUAGCUUAUGGACUCGGGGAACUAAGUGUUUGGGAUAGCGAGUUCCAACUCUAGUUAUGAAACCAGACGGUCCACUCGCUGACCCGGAUUCCUCCGAGCUUGCGCCCGGUAUCGUGUGGCCAGGGAGGCAAGGAACCCUGGGUUUCAUCUUUGUGGUAGUGCUAGUUGUGUUAUUGGUCAUAACGUACGAUGUGGGAGGCACAUGGACUACAAAUCGCACAGAAAAUAUGGUAGAUAUAGAUUCCCAGACUCUUAUUCAAAACAUGAAUAUACCGCAUGAAACCAAGAAGGCUAAGCCAGGCUUAGCGCAUCAUCGUAGACAACAUCAGAAAAGGAAAAGAAAGUCAAAACAAAAAUCUUCAAAUGAAAUGAAGGUAAAACAGCUUCUCAAGAAAAAAACAAAAAUACCAUAUCCCUUCCGUGUGCACCCCCCAAACCAAUUCAGAGAAACGUGUGGCAGUGGUUGGUAUGAGAAAUAUGCUCGCCUACAUCGUGAUAUGCUAACUGGUCGUAGAAAGCCACUCUACCUGGCCUACUCCUGUCCAGGGACCCGCUGGGGGUGCUGUGGUUACGGCAACAGGAUGCGCGCGAUCGUAUCACUCUUCUACCUGGCUGUACUGACCGACCGCGCCUUCCUGAUUGACUGGCUUAUCCCUGAACCAAUAUCCAACCAUCUCGAGCCCAACCGCAUUCAGUGGAACCGGUCCGAUAUCCUGGAUGUCUGCACAGGAAUGGAGUCCAGGCGCCACUACUGGGGCACCGCGAGGGCUGAACUGAGAGAAGCUGAGGGUUACAUUAUACACGGGAGCGCUCACUUCAAGGACUGGUUCUCGUCAACGGAUUUCAAGCGUUACUUCGACUGGCCGGUCGAAGUGGCAACCACUAUUUGGUACUUUGCCGAAGGCGGGAUAACAGACAAUAGACAUCUCAUGCGACGUGCGCACGAGCUUAACGUAAAGCCGCUUAUUUCGCGUGCACCUAAAUACGCUCUCAUCGGGUGCGCAUUCCAUUUUCUUUUCUCGGUUUCUUCUACGGUUCAGAGCUACCUAGACGUAUGGAUGCACGACCUACGCGGCACGCCCACUAUUGGUUUGCAUAUUCGCACGGGUGAUGAUCAGUUCGAUUACUUUUCUUCAGUGAACGAUCGUUCCUUUAACCUUCACAAUCGCACUCGUCUAAAGGGUUUUUUCGAAUGCGCAAAGAAAGCCGAGAAGACUUUCUUUAAAAAUGCGAACGGGAGAAUUAGAUGGUUCCUUGCGACAGACCAUGUGAAGGUGAAGCGCUUUGCGAAGAAGCAUUACCCAGAUAAGAUAAUAACCACAAACUUGACCAUUCAACACCUAGACAUCCUGUACAACUCCUCGGGGCUAAAUUACACCAUUGAAUGUAACUACACAACGGGCCUGAAUGGAUCCGCGUAUUGCUACCAAUUGACUCCAUUUAAUAAAACUGCUUAUUGCGCUAACAGGGAAAACAACACUGCUUUGAACAAUACCGUCUCCGUCACUGAAGGAAUCAUAGCAAUGCUCGUAGACCACUUCCUAUUGGCUCAAUGUGACUUCUUGAUUCUCAGUGACAGCAGUUUUGGCUCGUCAGCGGUUGGUUUAAGCAUGCGCACGACAGGGGAGUUUGUUUUCGGCGACGUCGCAUGCUCAGACCUGAACAAAAUUUCAAAACCGCGGAAGUUGACAUUCUUUAAGAAACGGAGUAUUUCGAAAGAUGAGGAGGAAUGAAUGAAGUCUUACUCGUUGGGUAAACUAAUCAAUUGUGCGGGUAACGAUCCCGCAAAUUAAAAUCGAUGCUAUUAGUCUCCCCGGAUAAACAUUGACUGAGUCGAUUAAUGACUGUGCUCUUAUACCUGAUCACUUCAUAUAAACUGUUAGCAGAGCUUUUUGCGUCACUGAGUUUUCUCUUCGUUCGUCAACGCGAGUAGCCAAAACCGCGAAUAAAGCGUACAACGACUGAAACAUUAAAGAUCUCUGUUAGAUGGGGUUAUCGUUUCGUAUGUUUCUAUGGUCCAAGCGAUUCCGGUCCCCCUUUUGUGAGCACUGAUGACCAUCUUCCUAUCAAUAAAUCUAUCAAACGGUUUUAUUUUGCAAAAAAAGAAAGACCAUUUUUGCUCUCUUUUUAUACAACUUAUCGCCAUUUUAGAGAACACAUUGUGAAAAACAGAUUUUUUCUACCCGUGUCAAAACAAGCAGGACAUAAAAUAUUCAUCAUUGAAAGCAAUAACGCGUUUACCAAGAUGUCACUGCAUUAGGCGAUAAAGACACAGUUCAUAAAAACUUGAUUGUUGUUCAUUGACCCGAUAUAUACAGAGCAAGAAAGCGCCUCUUGUAAAGGUCACCCAUAAGUCCCGGCAUCCAUAUGGAUUUGUUAUUAACAAAUUUAUUAGUCCCAUAUUAGGAAUAAAAAUAGUGUGAAAUUUUGACGUGUAACAUAUGAAAUGGUUUUCUGUGGAUGUGAUGAGACGCAAUGAAUCGUGUCUUUUUACCAUGUAUUCACCCAGGCAUAGCGUGCUUACUCACCGAGAAAGAAGGAAUAUGAAUUGUUGCAGGUCACCCCAGUUCAUCGGUUGUUCGCUUAAGCAAACCGUCUGUAUUUGCUUCUAAAUCCCCCU